AUGUUCGAAAAUCAAAAGCAAGCCACCACCGCUUUAGCGUCCGACCGGCAGCAAAAUCUGAAACACCCUUUCACGCCUCAGUUGGGAGCUGCAGCUGCAGCUCACCGAUCCGGUUCGAGCUCGACCUCGCGCGGGCGGCGGUACCAGCAGUGCAGCAGAGCAGCAGCCCCACACGAGCCCUGGCCAGCAGGCAGGCGCGCCUUCAAGCUUCCGGCAACCGCUCUUCCUCUGCACCACAGCACCUCGAUCGGCACCCUGGCUUUGCAUCGUCUGCCCCCGACGCUCUGGUCAGCAUCGUCCUCGUCCUCGUCCUUCUUCUUAUCACCUUACUCACCUAUUCUACUCCGCGACCCCUCUUGGCACCCUUUCACCGUGGUCUGGUGCAUUUCACGACCCCCCCUGGCAAGCACGCAGGACACCGUCCCGCUCAUCUGA